AUUUAUCCAUAACUCUAUGUAAUGCUAACUUUGUUGAGAAUUAAAUAGAGCUAAACAGUUUUUAACGUUUGCCGUGCUUUGUGAAGUUAGCAAUCUUUCGUUUCGGUUUGAAGUUGAAAAGUAUUAACCAAUUGCUAUUUACUUCCGCUAUUUUCGCAUUGCGUCAAUGGUCACUUUAAAACGUGUGAAGCCACGCGGUUUGUUGUUUAGACGUUUUAAACGGUUACCGUUAAUAUAGUUCAUAUGUUUUAGCGUUAAAAUGAGCAAUCAAAAAGGUAAUGUUUCCCGUUCGCGAGGCCAAAAACACCAGAAUCUAAUUGCCUUCAAAAAUGACAAGUACGGUGCAAGCGCACAAGUUAAGAAAGCCAAAACAAAGGUGCAUAAUGGUCUUUGCCAGCACUGCAAAGGUGUGCUGGAGUGGAAAGUCAAGUACAACAAAUACAAGCCCCUUACACAGCUACGAAAAUGUGUGAAGUGUCUUCAGAAAACAGUGAAGGAUGCCUAUCAUGUCAUGUGUAAGCCAUGUGCACUAAAGUUGGAGCUUUGUGCCAAAUGUGGAAAGAAGGAAGAGAUUGUUAUUCCGCUUGACCAGGAGGAGGAGGAAGAAGGAAAGGUGGAAGCAAAGGGGCAGGAAAAAAGAGAUGAAGAAGAGGAGGAGGAGGAGGAGGAUGAAGAUUUCCAUGACAUUGGCACUAACAAUGAUGAAUUUGAUAGUGAUUAAGAAGCCGAAGUGAAUUAACAUUUGCCAUCUUCUGUAUGCAUUACCAGUAAACAGCUAAACCCACGAACACUGUAUCUAAAGGAAAAUGAGGCUGGAUAUUGGACAUAUGCUUACCUGUUCACCUGCUGUUAAUUGGGGAAAGACUCCCAGGAGAUGUUUUCCUGUUGGCUGUAAUGAUUGUUUUUUCCCGAUCUUGACCACUUGCUAUGAUCUAGCAGGAACUGA